CCGGUUUCAUGCGCAUGGGAAAUGAUUUGGGGAGCAGCAUGGAUGGAUUUUCUUUGGCCUAUCGAAGGCAACCGCACAAAGUGAGAAGAAUCAACGGCUGGCUUUGAUCAUCGUCGCAGGAUCAACGGCUGGCUUUGAUCAUCGUCGCAGGAACUGGACCAUGAUUCGAUGUCGUCAAUUUUUGAGGGGUCAAGUUUGAGGGGUCAAGCAUGACCAAUUUUUGAAGGGAUGGUGUGAAUUAUUGUCAGCUGUGGGCGCGAGGAGUCGAGGACGGCAUCUGGGUUUAGGGUUAAGCCUUUCUUCCGGUGAUUGGUCAUGCUGGGCACGUCGCAAAAGAGUGGAAGAAGCCAGGAGGAGUCGAAAGAGGAGUUUGAAGACGUCGUAGGGCUGCCAGAGGGGGAGGAUCUGUGGUCAUGGACCAACUCCCGGACUCUUUGAUCUUGAAGAUCCUCUCUUCUCUCAAGUAUGCGGAGUACAUUGUGCGGUGCUCUGUGCUGUCCAAAAGACUUAAUGAACUGGUUUGGCAGGUUCCUGAGGUGUAUUUCCGACCAGUGCCGGGCAUUUAUAAGUGCGAAUGGGGCUCAGAAUAUGGACUUCAGCAAGCAGUGACAGCUACUGUCUCAAAGACGAAGUGCUUAAAGCGGCUUGUCGUGAAGGGGGAUGAAACAGACCACAUCACACAAUACGCAAUGCGAACAUGGCUCUCACAUGUGGGGAGCACUCUGGAGAGUCUGGAAUGGGACUUCCGCCUCUUCUCACCCUCUCGUGUCUACGUCUACAGUGUUCAUCAUCCAAUGAACUUACUCGCCUAUUGCAAGAGAUUGAAGAAGUGCAAACUCCAAUUUCAAGGUCAUGGCGACUUCCUCACAAGCAUCCAGUUACCAUCGCUUCUAGGCACCUUCAAACAGUUACAAGUGCUCAGUGCUCCUUGGUGUGUGGAGGACAAGCAGUCAGUCAUUUCUACGUGGCUGCAGCUCCUACCCAAUCUUGAGAGGCUCACUCUCCAACCGGUUAGUGGCCCGGCUCUGCAGCACCUUUGCAUUGAGGGGUGCAUGCCAAAGCUCCAGGAACUCACUAUAGAGACUGAGGAUGAUAACGAAUUGGUGCUGAUCGACCUGCCGAGCCUGGAGACUCUCUUUGUUUCUGCAUGCGGAAGCCUGAAAGUCAGGAGUGGUGCGAAGCUUAAGCACCUGCGUCUGGAUGUCUCACGGAGCAUGCCAGAUGCGGUCUGGGAUCUGAGUGAUGAUGUGCAGCUUAAAACGUUGGAAAUAACUGGACGGUCGUAUCAUUGGUGUGGAAGGGAGACAUGGGAACGCUGUCGUGGCCUGUUCACGAGGAACAGGAGGAGCCUGCAGACUGUAGGCUGGGAAACCCUGCUUGCAAAGCCGAUGGAUGAUUGUGUAAGCCGGAAGUAUCUGGAUUUCAUAAUCCUGGCAGCAACAAUCCAGCCAUCGGUAUUGAGUGAGCCAUUUCCGCAGCUGCAGAAUUUGAGGUUGCUAAGACGUUCGUCGCUCUGCCAAUCACUGAGGCAUCGGCUGGAAGAGCUUCAACAGGGAGAAUGUUCUGGCAUAAAUAGCUCUCUGCCCCCCGCUGCUGCGAGUGUCAGCUCUUCGAGUUCAUCGUUAGGCCUUUCAGGUGAUAAGAUCAUUGCCUUCUUUAAGAGGCAAUAUGCAUACUGCAGGUUGUAUAGGCUUUACGUGGAGCAUUUGUCUAUCGUUUCAGCACUGGUUGAGUUGGUUCCCAUGCUCGAUAGCAUGGAGAUCUCUGCCGCGUGUGUUGAGGGGGAACCAAUGGCCUUGCUCGGUGGCUCAGAAGAUCGGUGCAGCAGAGUGAAGUUGAGGUUUCAGCUCGGGAAAAGCUAAUAACAAAAGUAGAGGGGGGGAUAUAAGGCAUCUGGAAAGGGGAGGAGAACCGUUGGCCUUGCUUUGUGGCUCAAAGGACUGGUGCAGCAUACGGAAGUCGAGGAGGUGUCAGAUUGGAAAGCACGGAAGAAUGACGGUGGGGGAAGAACAACGGCCGAGGGGACACAAGCGUUUCGAAAGGGAAGGGACAAAAGGGAAAGUGGGACCAAGGGGGGGACACGAGGGGGUAUGGUGAUGGACGAGGUCACGGAAGCCCAAAAUUUCUGCGUUCGACAAAAUGCCCAACUCAACCCAUGGCUUUCAACCAGGAUUACCAGGAGAUGAUGGCAAGGGAGGAACUGGUGGGAAUGCCGUGGCUUCCUUAGGCCUUCAUGAUGGCCGUGGCUUCCUUCGCGGAAGGUGAGGUGAUGAAAUAGUCAUCUCAUUGGUGUUUGUUUAGUUCGCAUGCAGCAGGGUGGCAGAGUGCUUACUGGUUCAGGUUUGUAAUUUUUGAGUGAGGACAACAUGAAAGGUUGUUUGGGCACAGACACCGAAUCCUUAUAUUUGUGGUUUCUGGAGCAGGAUAUAAGCUUGGAUCUGUCAGGUCGAGCAAAAAUGGCGUGGUGGAAGCUACAGGGUACAGGGUAAGAACAGUCGAUUCCCUAUGUUUGUAGCUGAGAUGCCCAGUCUUUUUUAUCGUAAUGUACAUCUGCGUGGUGGAAGCUACAGGGUACAGGGUAAGAACAGUCGAUUCCCUAUGUUUGUAGCUGAGAUGCCCAGUCUUUUUUAUCGUAAUGUACAUCUGCAGUAGCGUACGCAAUCCGUCAAACACACCGCCAGCCCAUGUUUCACAGCUGUGAGCCUUUGCAAGUUCUUGCCUUCAGGCCAUGUGUUCUUAAUCAACCACCUGGUUUGGUUGAGCUCUGCAUAAAGCACAGGAUGAGCAGGAUCAUAGAUAGCACUCUUAGAGGUGGACAUCGAGAGAGGAUGAUUGAUAUGGUGAUAUGGGAGUGCGUUCUGCUCUCCAUUGUUCAAGGGCCUUGCUUCAUGAUGGUGAUGGAGAUGCAAGCAGGAAGGUAAGGGUGGACAUCAGGUCUGGGCUGUCUGGUGGUAGCUGUGUUCAAUUCUUGUGCUAUUUCUGUGCUGAACGCUGGGAAGUUUCUGUCAUUUUCGCACUGUUAUGUUUGUUUCUCGUCAUUGACCCUUUUUGCACCCCGUAUUUGGUCUCUCUCUCUCUCUCUCUCUCUCUCUCUCUCUCUCUCUCUCUCUCUCUCUCUCUCUNCUCUCUCUCUCUCUCUCUCUCUCUCUCUCUCUCUCUCUCUCUCUCUCUCUCUCUCUCUCUCUCUCUCUCUCUCUCUCUCUCUUUCUCUCUCUGUGGUUCCUGCUGCUCGUUCUUUGCCCCGAAUACUUGGUUGGUUGCUACUGCUGUUAUUGGUUCCUGCACUCAUUCUUCUGAAGCAUCUGAAGAACCGUCCGUCCUCUCUGGGUAUUGGAGGCUUUUCUCUUGCCUUUGUGCUCAUAUAUGUGCACUGACAAGGUUUACUGGCUUGGCUAUUGCUUUUGAGCCAGGUCUGCUUUCCAGGAGGUACUUAGCAGAAGGUGUCUGUGAUGUAAGGACAGUGAAAUAAUAUUAAGUUCUAACCAGGCCACCCGAGGGGGAGAGGCCGACGGAGGAGGGCAAGGGGGAGUGUAAAAGAAAGCGGUUACGCAUUCUCUUUUUCUUUAAGGGCGCUUUUGAUGAUGCAUCUCUCAAAGGCAAAACAAUCUAAUAAGAUACUCGGAAGAAAGUAAAGGCCGUAGGCUUGC